UACAAUACGCGGCGGCGAGUGAGUGUUCAGUCACAAGAUUAUUUUUAGCGCCUUUAACACGCAAGGAGAGGAGACUGAGGAGAGCUUGUGUCGCCACCCGCCAGGCGUCGUCAGUGUGGCAAUCGUCUUCGAGGGCUGUUCGACCGCAUGGGCAAGGACUGGCGACUCUUCGUGUAUGGAGGCUUCUCGUCCAUCACUGCCGAAUUCGGCACGUUUCCGAUUGACACGACCAAGACCCGGUUGCAACUGCAGCAGGGAUGCGGCCAGCGCUACCGAGGCAUGCUGCACGCACUGGUCAACAUCACCAAAGAGGAGGGCUUUCGCGCCUUGUACUCCGGGAUGGCGCCCGCUCUGCUGCGGCAAGCCUCCUACGGCACCCUGAAGUUUGGUUCCUACUAUUGGCUGCAAGGGGCCCUCGGGGGCACUGGCUCUAGUCCGGCCCUCAAUGUGGGAUGCGCGGUGACGGCCGCUGUGCUGGCCGCCACCGUUGCCAACCCCACGGACGUGCUUAAGGUGCGGAUGCAGGCGAGCACCACCAAGGGCUCCUUGAUGGUCAACUUCGCCGACGUGUGGCACUUGGAAGGGGUGCGCGGGCUGUGGAGGGGCGUCGGGCCCACUGCCCAGAGGGCAGCCAUCAUCGCGGCCGUCGAACUGCCCGUCUACGACUGGGUCAAGCUCAAAUUGAGGCAGCGCCUUGGAGACACAACCCUUAACCAUUUUAGUGCCAGUCUCAUUGCUAGUAUUGGAAGUGCUGUAGCGUCUACUCCUGUAGAUGUCAUAAGGACACGCUUAAUGAAUCAAAGAAGAUUAAAAGUAGGAGUUAACAAUAUUUAUUCAGGAAGUUUAGACUGUUUAGUGCAGACUGUGAAGGCUGAGGGCGUCGCUGCUUUGUACAAAGGUUUUGUGCCGACUCUGGUGCGCAUGGGUCCUUGGAACGUGAUUUUCUUUGUCACGUUUGAGCAGCUGAAGAUGCUUUACUGAAUCUCCUUCCUAGUCAGCAGCACUGACUAACCUUUAUGCAUUUGCCGUGUUGUAUUCAUAAGGAAAUUAUAUAUCUACAUUGUAUUUAAAUUAUUGCAGCAAAAUGGUUGUUUUACCUAGGAAAUAAAACACAGAGUGCAAAGCAUAUUGAUAAUUAAUA